CAAAGCGAGAGCGAGAGGUAUCGUUUCCUUUUCCCUCUUAUUUCUCUCUGAGUGUGCGAGUCGACUUUACAGCGAGAAUUCCGAAGGCGGACGCAAAGGGGUGAGGGGAGUAUGUGGGGUCGUGCUCGGAAUCUCACUCAGCUAUAAAGCAGUAGGAACUUGAAGGAUUCAAGGAACGGGGCCUGCGAACGGUAUCAUUGGGAGAAGGACCUCCUCAGCGCCCGAAGCUUGUUGACGGGAUCAUUCCCUUCCCUUCCUCACCUGUUCCCUAUUCUUCAGACAGUUCUUCUUCCUGCCCAUUUCAGCAACACCACAGAAAUAAGUAUCCACUUGGGAAUCUCUUGGAAUCUUUCAAAUUUUAUGUUUGUUCUUCCUAAACAUGGACUGGAAUUUCUUCUUCUUGGUUUGUAUCUGAUAUAUAUCUAAUUCAUUGCUACGACGUCUUAUAUUGCUGGAAGCUCCAGCUGAUAUUGCCAUGGAUUUUGACUACAUGGAUGGGCUGCUUUUAGAUGAUUGUUGGUUAGAAACUGCGGAUGGUACUGUGUUUCUUCAUCCUAACCUCUCAAGCUUUGGUGCUAACUUAGACCCUUUGAUUGGAUGGCCUGCUACAGAGAUGAAUGGUGUUUUCAACACCAACUUGAUUACAAGGAGUGAUCAAGAAGAACCGAGGAACAUGUUGAGCAAUGAGGCGUCUCCGGGGCGGGAAAGAGUAGAUGUCGGGCAAGAGGGAUGCUCCGAUCAAUCCGAAAACAACGCGCUUGAAGGUUCUGAAUUGUGCAGAAGACUGGGGAUGGGAGCUGGGGAGCAUAUGGGGUCUGCACCUUCUGUGAUGGAGAGACUAAUCAUGGCGGUUGAGUAUAUAAAAGAUAUUGUGAGAGACAAAGAUGUUCUUGUACAAGUUUGGGUGCCUGUAAGUAGAGGGGGAAGAAGUGUUCUCAUCACAAAUCAGCUGCCGUUCUCUCAGAAUUCCAGCUGCACAAGGCUUGCAAAAUACAGGGACGUCUCUGUGAACUAUGAAUUCACAGCUGAUGAGGAAUCCAAAAAGGCUCUGGGAUUGCCGGGUCGAGUGUUCUUAAGAAAGGUUCCAGAGUGGACUCCUGAUGUUCGAUUCUUCAGAAGCGAUGAGUACCCGAGAGUUGAUCAUGCUCACGAGCACGAUGUUCGUGGAACUAUAGCACUUCCUGUUUUUGAACAAGGCAGCAAAAGUUGUUUAGGGGUGAUUGAAGUUGUCAUGGUUACCCAACAGAUCAAAUAUGGUUCAGAACAUGAGAUUCUUUGCAAAGCCCUUCAGGCAGUCAAGCUUAGGAGCUCUGAUGUAAUCAGCCCACCCAAUCAAAAGGUAUUUAAUAGGUUCAAUGAAGCUGUAUUAUUAGAGAUUCGAGACACUUUGAGAACUGCCUGCGAAACUCAUGGUUUGCCCUUGGCACAAGCUUGGGCAUCAUGUAUCCAACAAAGUAAAGAGGGUUGCAGGCACUCGGACGAGAACUACAGUUGUUGUGUUUCUACGGUAGACCGGGCUUGCUUCGUGGCUGAUACUCGAAUUCAGGAUUUCCAUGAGGCAUGCUCCGAGCAUCAUUUGCUAAAAGGCGAAGGAAUCGUUGGGAUGGCGUUUAAAUCUAAUGAACCGUGUUUCUCAAGUGAUAUUGCAUCCUUUCGUAACACAGAAUAUCCUCUGUCUCACCAUGCCAAGUUGUUUGGAUUACAUGCUGCAGUUGCACUACGGCUUCGUUGCAUUUUCAUUAGUAAAAUGGACUUCGUACUCGAGUUCUUCCUGCCUGUCCAUUGUAGAGAUCCUGAAGAGCAGAGAAUCCUGCUCACUUCGUUGUCCACAGUUAUACAAUACUCUUGCAGGAACCUGCGUCUUGUAACAGAUGAGGAGUGUAGGGAGGAAAAUAUGGAACAACCUCUUCCGACAAAUUCAUUGUUAGCUUCAUCUGUUCAAAACAUCCAACAAUGUAGUGGCUCUGUCUCAUUGUUGCAGGAGCUAAAUUAUGAUCUGAAUGGGGUUGUCGAGGACAGCGAAGAGUGCCCGACGGUCGGUAAUGGUAUCUUUGCAGAUAUAAGUAUGGGAAGAACGGGUGAGAAAAGGCGAACCAAGGUCGAGAAAAGUAUCACCUUAGAAGUUCUUCGGCAAUACUUCGCGGGUAGCUUAAAAGAUGCUGCAAAGAGCAUUGGAGUUUGUCCAACCACAUUGAAAAGGAUAUGUCGACAACAUGGGAUCAAACGUUGGCCUUCUCGAAAAAUAAAGAAGGUUGGCCACUCGUUGCAGAAGCUCCAACUUGUAAUCGACUCGGUGAACAGUGCGUCUGGUGCUUUUCAAACUAGCUCCCUGUAUUCCAAUUUACAGGAGUUGGCCUCUCCAUACGUAAGAAAGAUGGGCGAUGGCCUGAAGACAUCAAGCGACCUCGGAGAUGCAGCAUCAAAAACUGCACCCUCGUCGCUCAGCCAGAGCUCGAAUUCAAGCCAAUGUUUUUCUUUCUGCAGACAUCCUGCCACUGGAUGUGUAAUGCAGACAGCAAAAGAAAGCGAUCAAAUGAGAGUGAAAGUAAGCUAUGGAGAGGAGAGAAUCCGGUUUCGAGUGCAGAAAUGGUGGAGAUACGAAGAGUUAGUGAAGGAAGUAGGAAGACGAUUUAAUAUCAGAGACAUAAGUAAAUAUGAUCUCAAGUACUUAGAUGAUGAAUGUGAAUGGGUGUUGUUAACAAGUGAUGCGUAUCUUCAGGACUGCUUUCAUAUGUAUAAAUCGUCUCCACUCCAAACCAUAAAGCUUCUGCUUCACCCAUCUCCACGCCAUAUGAGAGAGGAGCCACAAACCCCACCCUUUCCUACAUUUUAUAUGCUAUGACGGCAGCGUCAGCAUCUAAUAUCAACAAUUAUUAUUUGCUUUUUCAAAAUUCAAUGGGAAUCCUUAAUUUGCUGCUUUGGAUU